CUGCCUGCCUGCCUGCCUGCCUGCCUGCCUGCCUGCCUGCCUGCCUGCCUGCCUGCCUGCCUGCCUGCCUGCCUGCCUGCCUGCCUGCCUGCCUGCCUGCCUGCCUGCCUGCCUGCCUGCCUGCCUGCCUGCCUGCCUGCCUGCCUGCCUGCCUGCCUGCCUGCCUGCCUGCCUGCCUGCCUGCCUGCCUGCCUGCCUGCCUGCCUGCCUGCCUGGCCUGCCUGCCUGCCUGCCUGCCUGCCUGCCUGCCUGCCUGCCUGCCUGCCUGCCUGCCUGCCUGCCUGCCUGCCUGCCUGCCUGCCUGCCUGCCUGCCUGCCUGCCUGCCUGCCUGCCUGCCUGCCUGCCUGCCUGCCUGCCUGCCUGCCUGCCUGCCUGCCUGCCUGCCUGCCUGCCUGCCUGCCUGCCUGCCUGCCUGCCUGCCUGCCUGCCUGCCCUGCCUGCCUGCCUGCCUGCCUGCCUGCCUGCCUGCCUGCCUGCCUGCCUGCCUGCCUGCCUGCCUGCCUGCCUGCCUGCCUGCCUGCCUGCCUGCCUGCCUGCCUGCCUGCCUGCCUGCCUGCCUGCCUGCCUGCCUGCCUGCCUGCCUGCCUGCCUGCCUGCCUGCCUGCCUGCCUGCCUGCCUGCCUGCCUGCCUGCCUGCCUGCCUGCCUGCCUGCCUGCCUGCCUGCCUGCCUGCCUGCCUGCCUGCCUGCCUGCCUGCCUGCCUGCCUGCCUGCCUGCCUGCCUGCCUGCCUGCCUGCCUGCCUGCCUGCCUGCCUGCCUGCCUGCCUGCCUGCCUGCCUGCCUGCCUGCCUGCCUGCCUGCCUGCCUGCCUGCCUGCCUGCCUGCCUGCCUGCCUGCCUGCCUGCCUGCCUGCCUGCCUGCCUGCCUGCCUGCCUGCCUGCCUGCCUGCCUGCCUGCCUGCCUGCCUGCCUGCCUGCCUGCCUGCCUGCCUGCCUGCCUGCCUGCCUGCCUGCCUGCCUGCCUGCCUGCCUGCCUGCCUGCCUGCCUGCCUGCCUGCCUGCCUGCCUGCCUGCCUGCCUGCCUGCCUGCCUGCCUGCCUGCCUGCCUGCCUGCCUGCCUGCCUGCCUGCCUGCCUGCCUGCCUGCCUGCCUGCCUGCCUGCCUGCCUGCCUGCCUGCCUGCCUGCCUGCCUGCCUGCCUGCCUGCCUGCCUGCCUGCCUGCCUGCCUGCCUGCCUGCCUGCCUGCCUGCCUGCCUGCCUGCCUGCCUGCCUGCCUGCCUGCCUGCCUGCCUGCCUGCCUGCCUGCCUGCCUGCCUGCCUGCCUGCCUGCCUGCCUGCCUGCCUGCCUGCCUGCCUGCCUGCCUGCCUGCCUGCCUGCCUGCCUGCCUGCCUGCCUGCCUGCCUGCCUGCCUGCCUGCCUGCCUGCCUGCCUGCCUGCCUGCCUGCCUGCCUGCCUGCCUGCCUGCCUGCCUGCCUGCCUGCCUGCCUGCCUGCCUGCCUGCCUGCCUGCCUGCCUGCCUGCCUGCCUGCCUGCCUGCCUGCCUGCCUGCCUGCCUGCCUGCCUGCCUGCCUGCCUGCCUGCCUGCCUGCCUGCCUGCCUGCCUGCCUGCCUGCCUGCCUGCCUGCCUGCCUGCCUGCCUGCCUGCCUGCCUGCCUGCCUGCCUGCCCUGCCUGCCUGCCUGCCUGCCUGCCUGCCUGCCUGCCUGCCUGCCUGCCUGCCUGCCUGCCUGCCUGCCUGCCUGCCUGCCUGCCUGCCUGCCUGCCUGCCUGCCUGCCUGCCUGCCUGCCUGCCUGCCUGCCUGCCUGCCUGCCUGCCUGCCUGCCUGCCUGCCUGCCUGCCUGCCUGCCUGCCUGCCUGCCUGCCUGCCUGCCUGCCUGCCUGCCUGCCUGCCUGCCUGCCUGCCUGCCUGCCUGCCUGCCUGCCUGCCUGCCUGCCUGCCUGCCUGCCUGCCUGCCUGCCUGCCUGCCUGCCUGCCUGCCUGCCUGCCUGCCUGCCUGCCUGCCUGCCUGCCUGCCUGCCUGCCUGCCUGCCUGCCUGCCUGCCUGCCUGCCUGCCCUGCCUGCCUGCCUGCCUGCCUGCCUGCCUGCCUGCCUGCCUGCCUGCCUGCCUGCCUGCCUGCCUGCCUGCCUGCCUGCCUGCCUGCCUGCCUGCCUGCCUGCCUGCCUGCCUGCCUGCCUGCCUGCCUGCCUGCCUGCCUGCCUGCCUGCCUGCCUGCCUGCCUGCCUGCCUGCCUGCCUGCCUGCCUGCCUGCCUGCCUGCCUGCCUGCCUGCCUGCCUGCCUGCCUGCCUGCCUGCCUGCCUGCCUGCCUGCCUGCCUGCCUGCCUGCCUGCCUGCCUGCCUGCCUGCCUGCCUGCCUGCCUGCCUGCCUGCCUGCCUGCCUGCCUGCCUGCCUGCCUGCCUGCCUGCCUGCCUGCCUGCCUGCCUGCCUGCCUGCCUGCCUGCCUGCCUGCCUGCCUGCCUGCCUGCCUGCCUGCCUGCCUGCCUGCCUGCCUGCCUGCCUGCCUGCCUGCCUGCCUGCCUGCCUGCCUGCCUGCCUGCCUGCCUGCCUGCCUGCCUGCCUGCUGCCUGCCUGCCUGCCUGCCUGCCUGCCUGCCUGCCUGCCUGCCUGCCUGCCUGCCUGCCUGCCUGCCUGCCUGCCUGCCUGCCUGCCUGCCUGCCUGCCUGCCUGCCUGCUGCCUGCCUGCCUGCCUGCCUGCCUGCCUGCCUGCCUGCCUGCCUGCCUGCCUGCCUGCCUGCCUGCCUGCCUGCCUGCCUGCCUGCCUGCCUGCCUGCCUGCCUGCCUGCCUGCCUGCCUGCCUGCCUGCCUGCCUGCCUGCCUGCCUGCCUGCCUGCCUGCCUGCCUGCCUGCCUGCCUGCCUGCCUGCCUGCCUGCCUGCCUGCCUGCCUGCCUGCCUGCCUGCCUGCCUGCCUGCCUGCCUGCCUGCCUGCCUGCCUGCCUGCCUGCCUGCCUGCCUGCCUGCCUGCCUGCCUGCCUGCCUGCCUGCCUGCCUGCCUGCCUGCCUGCCUGCCUGCCUGCCUGCCUGCCUGCCUGCCUGCCUGCCUGCCUGCCUGCCUGCCUGCCUGCCUGCCUGCCUGCCUGCCUGCCUGCCUGCCUGCCUGCCUGCCUGCCUGCCUGCCUGCCUGCCUGCCUGCCUGCCUGCCUGCCUGCUCCUGCCUGCCUGCCUGCCUGCCUGCCUGCCUGCCUGCCUGCCUGCCUGCCUGCCUGCCUGCCUGCCUGCCUGCCUGCCUGCCUGCCUGCCUGCCUGCCUGCCUGCCUGCCUGCCUGCCUGCCUGCCUGCCUGCCUGCCUGCCUGCCUGCCUGCCUGCCUGCCUGCCUGCCUGCCUGCCUGCCUGCCUGCCUGCCUGCCUGCCUGCCUGCCUGCCUGCCUGCCUGCCUGCCUGCCUGCCUGCCUGCCUGCCUGCCUGCCUGCCUGCCUGCCUGCCUGCCUGCCUGCCUGCCUGCCUGCCUGCCUGCCUGCCUGCCUGCCUGCCUGCCUGCCUGCCUGCCUGCCUGCCUGCCUGCCUGCCUGCCUGCCUGCCUGCCUGCCUGCCUGCCUGCCUGCCUGCCUGCCUGCCUGCCUGCCUGCCUGCCUGCUGCCUGCCUGCCUGCCUGCCUGCCUGCCUGCCUGCCUGCCUGCCUGCCUGCCUGCCUGCCUGCCUGCCUGCCUGCCUGCCUGCCUGCCUGCCUGCCUGCCUGCCUGCCUGCCUGCUGCCUGCCUGCCUGCCUGCCUGCCUGCCUGCCUGCCUGCCUGCCUGCCUGCCUGCCUGCCUGCCUGCCUGCCUGCCUGCCUGCCUGCCUGCCUGCCUGCCUGCCUGCCUGCCUGCCUGCCUGCCUGCCUGCCUGCCUGCCUGCCUGCCUGCCUGCCUGCCUGCCUGCCUGCCUGCCUGCCUGCCUGCCUGCCUGCCUGCCUGCCUGCCUGCCUGCCUGCCUGCCUGCCUGCCUGCCUGCCUGCCUGCCUGCCUGCCUGCCUGCCUGCCUGCCUGCCUGCCUGCCUGCCUGCCUGCCUGCCUGCCUGCCUGCUGCUGCCUGCCUGCCUGCCUGCCUGCCUGCCUGCCUGCCUGCCUGCCUGCCUGCCUGCCUGCCUGCCUGCCUGCCUGCCUGCCUGCCUGCCUGCCUGCCUGCCUGCCUGCCUGCCUGCCUGCCUGCCUGCCUGCCUGCCUGCCUGCCUGCCUGCCUGCCUGCCUGCCUGCCUGCCUGCCUGCCUGCCUGCCUGCCUGCCUGCCUGCCUGCCUGCCUGCCUGCCUGCCUGCCUGCCUGCCUGCCUGCCUGCCUGCCUGCCUGCCUGCCUGCCUGCCUGCCUGCCUGCCUGCCUGCCUGCCUGCCUGCCUGCCUGCCUGCCUGCCUGCCUGCCUGCCCUGCCUGCCUGCCUGCCUGCCUGCCUGCCUGCCUGCCUGCCUGCCUGCCUGCCUGCCUGCCUGCCUGCCUGCCUGCCUGCCUGCCUGCCUGCCUGCCUGCCUGCCUGCCUGCCUGCCUGCCUGCCUGCCUGCCUGCCUGCCUGCCUGCCUGCCUGCCUGCCUGCCUGCCUGCCUGCCUGCCUGCUGCCUGCCUGCCUGCCUGCCUGCCUGCCUGCCUGCCUGCCUGCCUGCCUGCUGCCUGCCUGCCUGCCUGCCUGCCUGCCUGCCUGCCUGCCUGCCUGCCUGCCUGCCUGCCUGCCUGCCUGCCUGCCUGCCUGCCUGCCUGCCUGCCUGCCUGCCUGCCUGCCUGCCUGCCUGCCUGCCUGCCUGCCUGCCUGCCUGCCUGCCUGCCUGCCUGCCUGCCUGCCUGCCUGCCUGCCCUGCCUGCCUGCCUGCCUGCCUGCCUGCCUGCCUGCCUGCCUGCUGCCUGCCUGCCUGCCUGCCUGCCUGCCUGCCUGCCUGCCUGCCUGCCUGCCUGCCUGCCUGCCUGCCUGCCUGCCUGCCUGCCUGCCUGCCUGCCUGCCUGCCUGCCUGCCUGCCUGCCUGCCUGCCUGCCUGCCUGCCUGCCUGCCUGCCUGCCUGCCUGCCUGCCUGCCUGCCUGCCUGCCUGCCUGCCUGCCUGCCUGCCUGCCUGCCUGCCUGCCUGCCUGCCUCUGCCCUGCCUGCCUGCCUGCCUGCCUGCCUGCCUGCCUGCCUGCCUGCCUGCCUGCCUGCCUGCCUGCCUGCCUGCCUGCCUGCCUGCCUGCCUGCCUGCCUGCCUGCCUGCCUGCCUGCCUGCCUGCCUGCCUGCCUGCCUGCCUGCCUGCCUGCCUGCCUGCCUGCCUGCCUGCCUGCCUGCCUGCCUGCCUGCCUGCCUGCCUGCCUGCCUGCCUGCCUGCCUGCCUGCCUGCCUGCCUGCCUGCCUGCCUGCCUGCCUGCCUGCCUGCCUGCCUGCCUGCCUGCCUGCCUGCCUGCCUGCCUGCCUGCCUGCCUGCCUGCCUGCCUGCCUGCCUGCCCUGCCUGCCUGCCUGCCUGCCUGCCUGCCUGCCUGCCUGCCUGCCUGCCUGCCUGCCUGCCUGCCUGCCUGCCUGCCUGCCUGCCUGCCUGCCUGCCUGCCUGCCUGCCUGCCUGCCUGCCUGCCUGCCUGCCUGCCUGCCUGCCUGCCUGCCUGCCUGCCUGCCUGCCUGCCUGCCUGCCUGCCUGCCUGCCUGCCUGCCUGCCUGCCUGCCUGCCUGCCUGCCUGCCUGCCUGCCUGCCUGCCUGCCUGCCUGCCUGCCUGCUGCCUGCCUGCCUGCCUGCCUGCCUGCCUGCCUGCCUGCCUGCCUGCCUGCCUGCCUGCCUGCCUGCCUGCCUGCCUGCCUGCCUGCCUGCCUGCCUGCCUGCCUGCCUGCCUGCCUGCCUGCCUGCCUGCCUGCCUGCCUGCCUGCCUGCCUGCCUGCCUGCCUGCCUGCCUGCCUGCCUGCCUGCCUGCCUGCCUGCCUGCCUGCCUGCCUGCCUGCCUGCCUGCCUGCCUGCCUGCCUGCCUGCCUGCCUGCCUGCCUGCCUGCCUGCCUGCCUGCCUGCCUGCCUGCCUGCCUGCCUGCCUGCCUGCCUGCCUGCCUGCCUGCCUGCCUGCCUGCCUGCCUGCCUGCCUGCCUGCCUGCCUGCCUGCCUGCCUGCCUGCCUGCCUGCCUGCCUGCCUGCCUGCCUGCCUGCCUGCCUGCCUGCCUGCCUGCCUGCCUGCCUGCCUGCCUGCCUGCCUGCCUGCCUGCCUGCCUGCCUGCCUGCCUGCCUGCCUGCCUGCCUGCCUGCCUGCCUGCCUGCCUGCCUGCCUGCCUGCCUGCCUGCCUGCCUGCCUGCCUGCCUGCCUGCCUGCCUGCCUGCCUGCCUGCCUGCCUGCCUGCCUGCCUGCCUGCCUGCCUGCCUGCCUGCCUGCCUGCCUGCCUGCCCUGCCUGCCUGCCUGCCUGCCUGCCUGCCUGCCUGCCUGCCUGCCUGCCUGCCUGCCUGCCUGCCUGCCUGCCUGCCUGCCUGCCUGCCUGCCUGCCUGCCUGCCUGCCUGCCUGCCUGCCUGCCUGCCUGCCUGCCUGCCUGCCUGCCUGCCUGCCUGCCUGCCUGCCUGCCUGCCUGCCUGCCUGCCUGCCUGCCUGCCUGCCUGCCUGCCUGCCUGCCUGCCUGCCUGCCUGCCUGCCUGCCUGCCUGCCUGCCUGCCUGCCUGCCUGCCUGCCUGCCUGCCUGCCUGCCUGCCUGCCUGCCUGCCUGCCUGCCUGCCUGCCUGCCUGCCUGCCUGCCUGCCUGCCUGCCUGCCUGCCUGCCUGCCUGCCUGCCUGCCUGCCUGCCUGCCUGCCUGCCUGCUGCCUGCCUGCCUGCCUGCCUGCCUGCCUGCCUGCCUGCCUGCCUGCCUGCCUGCCUGCCUGCCUGCCUGCCUGCCUGCCUGCUGCCUGCCUGCGCCUGCCUGCCUGCCUGCCUGCCUGCCUGCCUGCCUGCCUGCCUGCCUGCCUGCCUGCCUGCCUGCCUGCCUGCCUGCCUGCCUGCCUGCCUGCCUGCCUGCCUGCCUGCCUGCCUGCCUGCCUGCCUGCCUGCCUGCCUGCCUGCCUGCCUGCCUGCCUGCCUGCCUGCCUGCCUGCCUGCCUGCCUGCCUGCCUGCCUGCCUGCCUGCCUGCCUGCCUGCCUGCCUGCCUGCCUGCCUGCCUGCCUGCCUGCCUGCCUGCCUGCCUGCCUGCCUGCCUGCCUGCCUGCCUGCCUGCCUGCCUGCCUGCCUGCCUGCCUGCCUGCCUGCCUGCCUGCCUGCCUGCCUGCCUGCCUGCCUGCCUGCCUGCCUGCCUGCCUGCCUGCCUGCCUGCCUGCCUGCCCUGCCUGCCUGCCUGCCUGCCUGCCUGCCUGCCUGCCUGCCUGCCUGCCUGCCUGCCUGCCUGCCUGCCUGCCUGCCUGCCUGCCUGCCUGCCUGCCUGCCUGCCUGCCUGCCUGCCUGCCUGCCUGCCUGCCUGCCUGCCUGCCUGCCUGCCUGCCUGCCUGCCUGCCUGCCUGCCUGCCUGCCUGCCUGCCUGCCUGCCUGCCUGCCUGCCUGCCUGCCUGCCUGCCUGCCUGCCUGCCUGCCUGCCUGCCUGCCUGCCUGCCUGCCUGCCUGCCUGCCUGCCUGCCUGCCUGCCUGCCUGCCUGCCUGCCUGCCUGCCUGCCUGCCUGCCUGCCUGCCUGCCUGCCUGCCUGCCUGCCUGCCUGCCUGCCUGCCUGCCUGCCUGCCUGCCUGCCUGCCUGCCUGCCUGCCUGCCUGCCUGCCUGCCUGCCUGCCUGCCUGCCUGCCUGCCUGCCUCCAGAGCAUUGGCAGAAUUUGUGGUUUGAAGACAAACUCUUAUCUGGCAGACCUCAAAGCAGUCGCAAAGAAGUCCGGGAAACAAUACCCUGAGAGUCGCAGCACCAGCCUUCAGGGGAGGAGCUGGACGACCAUAGUCCUCACACCGGGGCUUGAGCCAGACCCUCCCCGCAGCAGAGAGCAGCAAGACGGGGGAAAGGAAGCGGAAGCGGUGCAGUCAGAGCUGGACCCGGGAGACAGCCUCCUCCUACUUUACUCUAACUUUCACGCCGUCGCAACGACCUCACGCCGUCGCAACGACCUCACGCCGUCGCAACGACCUCACGCCGUCGCAACGACCUCACGCCGUCGCAACGACCUCACGCCGUCGCAACGACCUCACGCCGUCGCAACGACCUCACGCCGUCGCAACGACCUCACGCGGUCGCGAUCACCUCACGCCGUCGCGACGACCUCACGCCGUCGGAACGACCUCCGACGACCUCACGCCGUCGGAACAACCUCCGACGACCUCACGUCGUCGGAACAACCUCCGACGACCUCACGCCGUCGGAACGACCUCACGCCGUCGGAACAACCUCCGACGACCUCACGCCGUCGGAACGACCUCACGCCGUCGCAACAACCUCCGACGACCUCACGCCGUCGCAACAACCUCCGACGACCUCACGCCGUCGCAAAAAACCUCCGACCUCACGCCGCGCAACAACCUCCGACGACCUCACGUCGUCGCAACAACCUCCGACGACCUCACGCCGUCGCAAAAAACCUCCGACGACCUCACGCCGUCGCGACAACCUCCGACGACCUCACGCCGUCGCGACAACCUCCGACGACCUCACGCCGUCGCGACAACCUCCGACGACCUCACGCCGUCGCGACAACCUCCGACGACCUCACGCCGUCGCGACAACCUCCGACGACCUCACGCCGUCGCGACAACCUCCACGACCUCACGCCGUCGCGACAACCUCCGACGACCUCACGCCGUCGCGACAACCUCCGGCGACCUCACGCCGUCGCGACGACCUCCGACGACCUCACGCCGUCGCGACGACCUCCGACGACCUCACGCCGUCCCGACGACCUCACGCCGUCCCGACGACCUCACGCCGUCCCGACGCCGUCCCGACGACCUCACGCCCCCUACCUCACGCCGUCGCAAAAAACCUCCGACGACCUCACAACAACCUCCGACGACCUCACAACAACCUCCGACGACCUCACAACAACCUCCGACAACCUCACAACAACCUCCGACGACCUCACAACAACCUCCGACGACCUCACGCGGUCCCGACGCCAUCGCAACGACCUCACGCCGUCGCAACGACCUCAUGUCGUUAUAACAAACAAGUGGAAACUGAGGCUGAAGCAUCAAGACAUGGAUCAGAAAAGUUCCAUCAGAGACUCACAGGAAAACUGUUACCAGGCUAAAGUGACGGGCCGACACCUGUAUGUGAGCUCGUCGCCCAGAGCAGCGGGUCACAGACGGGAGGAGAGACUCGGUCAGCAGCAAAGUGUCCUCUUCAGCCGUGGUCACACACGCCGCCAUGGAGGCUGUCGCCAAAUACGACUUCACCGCCACCGCCGACGACGAGUUGAGCUUCAAGCGUGGGGAAAUCCUCAAGUCCUGGAGCGUCUGUGGUGUUCUGGAGCGUCUGUGGUGUUCUUGGAGCGUCUGUGGUGUUCUGGAGCGUCUGUGGUGUUCUUGGAGCGUCUGUGGUGUUCUUGGAGCGUCUGUGGUGUUCUGGAGCGUCUGUGGUGUUCUGGAGCGUCUGUGGUGUUCUGGAGCGUCUGUGGUGUUCUUGGAGCGUCUGUGGUGUUCUUGGAGCGUCUGUGGUGUUCUUGGAGCGUCUGUGGUGUUCUUGGAGCGCCUGUGGUGUUCUGGAGCGUCUGUGGUGUUCUGGAGCGUCUGUGGUGUUCUGGAGCGUCUGUGGUGUUCUUGGAGCGUCUGUGGUGUUCUGGAGCGUCUGUGGUGUUCUUGGAGCGUCUGUGGUGUUCUGGAGCGUCUGUGGUGUUCUGGAGCGUCUGUGGUGUUCUGGAGCGUCUGUGGUGUUCUGGAGCGUCUGUGGUGUUCUGGAGCGUCUGUGGUGUUCUGGAGCGUCUGUGGUGUUCUGGAGCGUCUGUGGUGUUCUGGAGCGUCUGUGGUGUUCUGGAGCGUCUGUGGUGUUCUGGAGCGUCUGUGGUGUUCUGGAGCGUCUGUGGUGUUCUGGAGCGUCUGUGGUGUUCUGGAGCGUCUGUGGUGUUCUGGAGCGUCUGUGGUGUUCUGGAGCGUCUGUGGUGUGGAGCGUCUGUGGUGUUCUGGAGCGUCUGUGGUGUUCUUGGAGCGUCUGUGGUGUUCUGGAGCGUCUGUGGUGUUCUGGAGCGUCUGUGGUGUUCUGGAGCGUCUGUGGUGUUCUGGAGCGUCUGUGGUGUUCUGGAGCGUCUGUGGUGUUCUUGGAGCCCCAAAGCUGUGUUCCUCAGACUCAGACCAGGUCUCUUCAAAGUGCUCCUCAUCCACCACACUCUUCAGGGGUUUCUCCCUCACCCCUUCCCUCCCUCCUCUCCCUCUCUCCUUUCCCUCUCUCCUUUCCCUCUCUCCUUUCCCUCUCUCCUUUCCCUCUCUCCUCUCCCUCUCUCCUCUCCCUCUCUCCUCUCCCUCUCUCCUCUCCCUCUCUCCUCUCCCUCUCUCCUCUCCCUCCCUCCUCUCCCUCCCCCCUUCCCUCGCUCCUGUCCCUCCCUCUCCCCUCCUCUCCCCCUCUCCUUUCCCUCCCUCCUUUCCCUCCCUCCUCUCCCCCUCUCCCUCUCUCCUCUCCUCCUCUCCCCCCUCCCCUCCCCUCCUCUCCCUCUCUCCUCCCCUCUCUUUCCAGGCUGUCUGGACCUCAAUCCAGUCCCACUGUCCUCACAGACCCCCUGCUGGGAGCAAAGUAGGUCAGUCCUCUCAGGUCCUGACACACCCCGACACACGGAGCGCCACUGCACCCCAAACUACAGCCACUGCACCCCAAACUACAGCCUCUGUACCCCAAACUACAGCCACUGCACCCCAAACUACAGCCGCUGUACCUCAAACUACAGCCACUGUACCCCAAACUACAGCCACUGCACCCCAAACUACAGCCACUGCACCCCAAACUACAGCCACUGCACCCCAAACUACAGCCACUGUACCCCAAACUACAGCCACUGCACCCCAAACUACAGCCACUGCACCCCAAACUACAGCCACUGUACCCCAAACUACAGCCUCUGUACCCCAAACUACAGCCUCUGUACCCCAAACUACAGCCACUGCACCCCAAACUACAGCCACUGCACCCCAAACUACAGCCACUGCACCCCAAACUACAGCCACUGCACCCCAAACUACAGCCACUGCACCCCAAACUACGGCCACUGCACCCCAAACUACGGCCACUGCACCCCAAACUACGGCCACUGCACCCCAAACUACGGCCACUGCACCCCAAACUACGGCCACUGCACCCCAAACUACGGCCACUGCACCCCAAACUACGGCCACUGCACCCCAAACUACGGCCACUGCACCCCAAACUACGGCCACUGUAUCCCAAACUACGGCCACUGUACCCCAAACUACAGCUACUGUCUACAGUGCCGCCUGUAA